CCUUGAUAUAUUCUGAGAUGCGGAAACAAAUUUGACGACAAGCAGGAGUCGAUGUGUCAUGUAUUCGUGAUGAUCCAGUUUUGUUACAAGAUAUAACCAUAUACCAGAUACAAAGGAAAACACCAGACCCUACAAUAAUGCUGGCCCAGUCAAGUAGUGCAGAGGUAUUUUUUGAUAAAAUUCGUCAGGAACUAAGAGUGACCAGUGUUCAUCACUGUAACAGCCUCAAGUCCCUGGGUAAAAUCAUUGGAGCAGUGACUGUGGCAUUUCUGGAGGAAGAAGCUAAAUAUGACACUGAUAAUGCUGAUGAGGUGCAGAGCUCGGAUCAGGUGUCUCAGUUCCUGCUGGACCGAAGCAAGGUGUGGGGCGGUAUCCCAGCCUCCCUCUCCCUAAUCCCCAUGCCAACCUCUUCCAAAUACGGAGAUGCCACCCCACAGCAACUCAGUUCUGUUUCCCAGACAGAAAAUGAGGUGGAAAGUAUUCCACAGGUGUCUCCCAGGGUGAAAUCAGAGUCAGGCAGCUGUAGCAGACAUGCUCCUGGGAUUGUGUCAAGUGCCGAUGAGCUUUGUGAGUCGUCUGUUCAUGAAAAGAAGAGUGAGCGAGAUAGUGCACAGCCAUUGGCAACUGAAAGUAGGAAGCCUUCUUUAAAAGACAUGUCUAGUUUUCCAAGAAAAGCGGUUGGUGGACCCUGCUGUGACAGGUACCACGAACACUGUAGGUCAGUUGAGGCAUCUACAUCUCAUCUCAGUAACCAUGGAAACAUUGAAAAAGAUUAUAAGAAACUGUCAGGUCCACCGGUGUCAAAUAGUGGUUUCUCUCACAGAAAAACUUUAGGUGGUAAGGAUGACUUGACUUUCUAUGACUCUGUUCCAAAAGAACUGACUCUUUGUCAUUCUAGUAAUAAUGAACAUUCACAGAAUGCUGCUUCUAAACAAUUUGGUCACAUUUUGACAACUCCUCAAUCAUUUAUGACUCAUGAUGAGCAUAUUGAGUUACGAUCCCCUCACAAGACUAUCAGACAGUGUAACUACAUCCCGGAGGAGUCUCAAGGCCAGGACAGUCUAGAUUGCAGGCAUGUAGAGGAUGUGCUGAUUAAGGCUGAAGUGUUUGAUGAUUUGUGCAACUCUGGGGGUGACAUGGAGGACUCAACUACAGGAGACAACAGAGAUGAUGACAGUGAUGAUCAUGAUGAGGAUAUGGAGGACUGUGAUGUCAGCAUCCAGGGAAACAGUGCCCCAUUCAGGCAGAUAGAUCUAUCUACUUAUGGUGUUGGAGAGAUGGAUUCCCCCUUCAUCCAGCCUUAUCCCACUUCUGUCCAUGGUGAAACAACAUUCCCUGGGGUCCCUUCAGCAGGGUCUGUGCUGAGAUGGAAGAACUUUGUAGCACAUGGAGAGCCUGUGCACCAUAUUGACUCUUCAUCCUUGCAUGGGCAGACGUCAACUUUCCUGCCUCAGUACCAGUCAUCAUUGUCCAGCUUGCAUUCAAAACCCCACAGAAAGAAAAGCCCAAGCUUUCCAACAUGUGCAUUGUGUAAUGCUGAGAUUAGAGACAAGAAUGACUUUGCAGCCCAUGCCUCCUUACACAGUGUUGACUACCAGCAAAACUGUCCAGUCUGCCUUAAGGUCUUCUCGAACAGGGCCAACUUGUUGAGACACGCUUCCUUGCAUAUCUUGGGUGCGUUGUACCAGUGCCCAAUUUGCUGUAAGAUGAUCAAAAGGGGAGAUAACUUCCAAGUGCAUAUGAGGAAGCAGCACCCUGGUCAGACAGUCAAGAUGGGCAGGAGUCUGUCAGGAUUUGAACCAUGGAGCUCCAAAAUAUUAUACUCUGGCACCCCCAGCUCAGCAGCAUCCGAAGCUACCACCAGCUUGUGUAUUGACAGGUCCAGUGGCAGCAUGGGAGUCCGACCAAGGUAUCUGUCAGAGGGCGAUGUCAGCAGAAACAGAGUGCAAGCAGACUCCAGCUGUAGUGCACAUACUGAAGCUCCUGAUUUCACUGAUCAACCCACAAGGGAUUAUUUGUGUAUUAUUUGUGCCAGUAGAUUCAUGUCUUCCAAUUCCCUUGCUAUACACAUGCAGGAUGUACAUGAGAAGAUCUCCCUACAAAGUAGACCUCGACUGAGUGUGCGGUCCCUGUCCUCAGAACACCCUGCUGACCCUGCGCAGCCACCUUGGUCAGCCAGUACCAAAUCCUCAGUGGUGGACGAAGGUCCACAAAUAGAUCUGACUGAUUAGCACAACAGCUUUUGUUGGCAACAUGUUACGAAUAGAAAUCUCAUACUUCCAUGGGCACAUGGUAGUGCCAAAAGCAGCUGGUCCACCACAUUGGUGCAGGUUUUGAUUCCAAGGAACAUCCUGUGUGUAGUGUUGGUGUGUCCAUGAUCUGGCCCUAGUCUUGUUGUCAAUCUUUAUGUGAACAUUCACUGAGUGAAAAUAUGUCAGAAUAUUUGACAAUGCAGAGAUCAAGAUUACUUGUAUUAAGUGUCAGUGGUCUGAUUAAAACAUGAUUGAAUUUAAGUUCCUUUUGUCUUAAGAGCACAUUGAAAAGUCACAUCUUGUUUAAUAAAUAUGACUUGUUGGUCUGAA